GUCGGUCUUAUGGCUAAUGGGGCAUUAAGGGUCUACUCACUCGAUGAUCAACGUCUCCCUCCGAGUUGAGGCGAACAUGCGACAUGCUCAGCAGCCGCCAUGCCGCCGAAAAUAGCGACAUGCGUCCACUGCCGUCAAAUGAAGGUCAAAUGCAAUGCCAGGGAUGCUGCUCCCGGGUCAUGCUCUCGAUGUGUGAAGCAGAGGCUUGCGUGUUACAUUGACCCAGCAUUUCACAGGACGGCAAAGAGGAAAAAGAUGCGUGAUCUGGAAGAGGAACUGAAGCAGAUCAAGGACUCCAUGGAUGCGCCCUCAAAGAAAGUGUUGCGCCGUACAGAACAGAGUCAUUCUGAUGCUGGCACUUGCGAGGUCGUCGAAAUUCAACCUUCUAAAUCGACGCAUGAGCCUAUUACUCCCACGUCUAUGGCUUUGAACGCGCUGCAGAUUGGGGACGUGACACUGACUGCUGAGGCCGUCGCCAAGAUUGUGUCUUGUUACUUCGAAACCUGUCACCCGAAUUUUCCAAUCUUGUCAGAUCACGCCGUCUUUAUGGAAACAUGCGACCAGAGCGAGUUUCUUUUGUGGACUGUGAUAGCCGUUGGCUCCGCAGAGCUCAGCGACUACUCAACGAUCCGGGCGCUCCUGGAGCCACACAUUCGCGACAUGGCGACCCAGGUCUAUGGAGUGCUAGACUAUCCGCUGCAAACCGUGCAAGCUCUGAUACUCCUAUGCUGGUGGCCGUACAGCUUUUGCUCCCAUCGAGAGGACCCAAGCUGGCUGUACUGCGGACAGGCCGUGCACUUGGCACUCUUGUAUGGCUUGCAUCGGCCACAUAAGCACUCGAAUUUCGUGUACAAUACCACGCUGGAUGAGGAAGGCAUACUGACAUACCAACGGGCUUGGGUUGCGUGUUUCAUUGUCAACCAAAUGCUGAGCAGCCAGCUUGGGAUUCCAGCCACCGUGGUACCGCCGACAUUUCCGCAAAGUUCCUCGACCAAGCUACAACUGCCUUUGGUGUUGAGACAGCAUCUAGAAAUUGCGACACAUGGCUAUCAUAUCUGCCAUGUUCUUGGUGACCAUGAGACAACCGUCUCCGGUCUUUUGCCAAGCCCAGAGUCUACUAUCCGGGCGUUUGAUCAACAACUUAACGAUCUGCGUACCACGAUUAGCGGGGAUGGUGAACAAAACAUUCUGGUGGAAAUGGCCCUACUUCGGGUCCAACUGCAACUGCUUUCAUUCAAUUUCAUUCAAGAAGCCAGCCCUUCGCACCGCACCGGCUCACUUCCAUCCACGGCCGACCCUGCAGCAGUAUCGUACAUGUCUCGAGCCGUCAAGACAGCAGUCAGUAUCAUAGAUGUUGUGGUCGACCGACUAGCGGAGAAAGGGAAAACAGCCAUGGUUAGUUUUGGGGCUAUGGGCGCCGUACACCUUCUGAUAAUGAUUGUGGGCAUCUAUGGCCACGAGGACCAAGGUGUGAUUCGUAGCGCCAUCGGUCGAGGCUGGAGAUUCCUCAACGACAGGUCCGAGUUCGAGUCCGACAGCUUCUCCAGGGCGUGUAAGAUCGUGUCAUUCCUGAGCCGGAGCAGGGACGGGGAGAGUGGCAACCCCGCUCUGCACACACCAGUCCAGGCCCGCAUGGCCGCCAACUUCGCUUUCGAGAACGCGUGGAAAGCGAAACACCGCUUCAGCAAGAGCGUUCGGGAUUCGAGACCUCGCGAUUACACAACUGCUGCUGCUUUGGAAGAAAUAUCCCUGCGAGGAGUGCCUGACGAGAUUUUUGAUGACGACUUUUUUGAGAACUACAAUAUGGAUGGAAUGUUUGACUGGUUUUCUGGGUUGUAGUCUCUGGGCUUGACAAUAAG